AUGGCGCAGAGCCUCGAGGCGAAGAUUGUGGUGUUGGGGUCGCAGGGGGUGGGAAAGACGAGUCUGGUCCACCGAUAUGUGAAGAACAAAUUCCAGCCGGCCAAUAUGGCCUCGACGGUUGGCGCCAGCUUCCUCACCAAGCGCGUGGUAGACGACGAGAGCGACACUGUCGUGAGACUGCAGAUCUGGGACACAGCAGGCCAGGAACGCUUCCGAUCCAUAUCCCGGCUCUACUACCGCGGCGCGAACGCCUGCAUCCUCUGCUACAGCAUCACCUCCCUCUCCUCCUUCGAAGAGAUGGGCGUCUGGCUCACCGAGCUCCGCCGCAACCUACCCCCUGACAUCAUCCUGCACGUCGUCGGUACGAAAUCCGACAUGGUCGCUCGCGACCCCUCUCUCCGUCAGGUCCCCUUUGAGCGCUGCAUCGCCUACGUGGCCGAUAACCUUGCGCCAGGCCAAUCCAGCACACCACCGCCGACAGCCACGGCAGCCGGCAUUCUAGAUAACAUUAGCGGGGGAGGAGGCAGUGGGAGCACCUAUCGAGGCUUCCUCGGGCAUGUCAGUGGAGGGGGAGGGGGAGGGGGAGGGGCCGGAGGGUUCGACGGCGCCCGGAGUCCGAGCAGUAAACGCAGCAGUGGGUUCUGGGGCCAGGAGGUCGGCUGGGACUGCUGCCACGAGGUGUCUGCCGAGAGCGGCGAGGGCGUGGAAGAGGUGUUCCGCGUCAUCACGAGAAAGCUGGUGGAGCAGAACCGCAAGAUCCAAGAGAGCCUGCUCAGCGCGACGGCCACGCCGGGCAUGACGCCGGGGAUUGACGGCCUUGGUAGCGAGGCCGGCUAUUUCGACGGCACGAUGAGGCCUGGUGGCAGCUUUCGCGUGGGGAGGGACCGUAGGAGCUGGUUUGGCGUGCCGGUCGAGAGUAUCGAUGAGCGGGGGGAUGGGAGGCCGAGCGAGGACCGAGUGGUGAGGAGUAGGAGGAGGUGCUGUUAG